UAGACAUUUGCUAACUUCAGUGUCAUUAUAUAUGUAAUGUAUAUACAACAUAAUAUAUCACGAGUGAGGUUUUACUAGAGAACUGAGAACUAGACGACGCAGAAAGCGCCAAGAAGUGUGAUGUGUGAUCUUUUGGAGUUGUGUGCCGUGGUGCUCAAGAACCGCGGGAGUUGAUUAUAAUAAAAUGUCGUCUAACUUUAUUUUCAUCGGAGUUAAAAAGAGUAAACUAAACACAUAACAACUGAGAAAGAGAGCUUAGAAGUGAGUGAGAAGGAGAGAGUUUAAAAGUGAGUGGUAGUACUUUUAUGUGUGUGUAUCAAUUUAUAUAUAUUAUAUGUAAUAUGUGUGUGUAUGUGUUUUAGGUGUCAGAGUCAGAGAAAGAGAGCAGAGGUUGAUAAGUGACAAGGAGUAGAGGAUAGAGGAUACGUGCUCGUGGGGGUUGUCGAGUUGCUAAAGGGGUGUGGAGUAACGAGUACCAGAUAAAUAAUCCUCGUGAUUAUUUAUUGUUGUUUAUGUACAUUUAUUAUUAUUAUUAUUAUAAUAUAUUAGAUUAUUGUAAAAAUAUUUUAGGCGGCCACCGUUUGUUCGCCGGUGACGGAACGGCGUCUAGUGUUUAGAGUUAGCGUCUCCUCCCGCGUGUGAUGUUUGAUUUUACAUUUACAUUAUUCCUACCUCGGCUAUUUAUCUCGACGUACUGUACAUACCAGUUCAGUAUAAUCAAGAAGUUAAGUGAAAAUAUCGACAUACUGGGAGUAUUAUAUUGUGUGUUAUUAUUAAAAUUAAAAUUAAAAUUAAAAUAAUUAGUGGAGUUAAUAUUAAUAAUUGAAACAAUAAUAUUAAUAUUUAAUGUUUGAUAGUUAAUAAUUAAACAGUAGUGAUAGAGAAAAUAGUGGAAUGUAAAAUUGGAGUGUUAUGCAGUGCUGGGUGCUAGUUUAGAGCCACCAUGAGUUGUCAGGCCGUCUAGCGUAGUAGCAACACUGAGAGGGAGAGAGACAGCCCGCUGGAGAGUCUCCUGGGUGAGAGAGAGAGACACAUAGGCUACAGCAGCCUCGAAGGCGGUAUAAAAAUGGCGUCCGAUAACGAAGCCUCCUGCGUGAGUGACCCAAAUUUUGCAGUGAUCUGCUCGUUUCUUGAAUGUUUUGGCAAAUCAUGUGGGAUAGAGUACCCGGAUAUUAAAACACUCCAGAAAAUGAUAGAGGAUACUCAUGAAGUGCCCCAAAAAUUGAUAGAUCUUCACGUGAAACUACUCAGAAAAAUGAAGAAGACUGUUCAUCCAGAAAAGUGGGAACGAGCUUUAGUUAAAUUUUGUCAUACAUACUCGAAUCAGGACGGCUGGGAGCUUGAAAGAUUUGGAUAUAAAAAAGCUCGUGUUAGUGUUAAAUUACGCUUACUCAAGGUGCUUUUAGAAACUCAAUUUGACUCGAAUCAAAGAUUUAAAAAUGACGUAAAUAAACAAACAGCAAGUGAACUCCGACUUGAGCCAUUAGGACGUGACAAAACGGGUCUAGCGUAUUGGUUCCAGUUAGACGACGAUUGUAAUAUAAGAGUAUAUCGUGAAGAUAUAGACGAAGAGAGCUGGGAAUUGGUAGCGACCGACCGCGAGGGUGUAGUGAAGCUUAUUAACACCUUAACAGCCGGAGAAGCUGGAUCUCUACUAACAAAUGAAGACAGUAAUAGCCUGGAGGUCUCUGAGAAGCCGGUAAUUGACACCGGUCAAGCAGCAACGUCUUCACCAAGUGCUGAACAAGAACCACCAGUGGAAAAUGGUAACGCGAGUGAUUCUAAUGCCAAAAGCCAGAGUGUUAAAAUUCCCAGCACCCAAGAGGUUAAAAUAACUAAACCCGCCGCGGUUGAGGUAAAUAAAAAAUCCAGCGAAGCGGUUGUCAAUAAUGGAGUCAAUGUUAAUGAUAGUGAAAAUGACAGCGAGGGUGAAGAUGAAGAAGAUGAGGAGGAGGAUGAUGAUGAAGGUGAGGAAGAAGAAGAAGAAGAAGAAGAAGAAGAAGAAGAUGAGGAAGAAGAAGAGGAGGAAGAUGAGGAACUUAGUAAUGACGCAUCAACCCAAAACACUGAAGAGGACGGUUCCCAAGACGUUCCUCCGGUGAAUUCAAAUUCAAAGCCCGUGUCCAAUAAAGUAACUCAGCCUGUAACUGAUAAUCUAAAUGCCAAACGUAAACCUGCGACGGUUAGUGAAAAAGAUAAACCCUCGGUUAUUAAAAAUCCUAUCGAGGUAACACCACUUAAGUCAAUAGAGACUCCGGUAAUUACCUCGCCGUUGAAAUUAGUACCUCCGCCGGAGCCUAAGCAUUUUACAGCGGAUUUAACGAGCUCUGUUACGAUAUCAGCUGUUAAACCACCUUCGAGUCAUACAGAUGACUCUAAAGCUCGAGAACUUGGUAUUAAAACUCAUGAAAAACUUGCGAGUAAAAGUUCUCUGCCUUACAGCAGUCUUGAAGUUACUUUAAAUCACGGGAAAUUUCCCUUGAAGCCAAUCGAUAAACUAGCCGCUAAUUUGGUAAGAAUGCAGUCAGAAAAAUUAGAGAAGCCCAGUGCGUCAAAAUUGCUGGAAAAAAUAGCUGAAAAUUUAGCAAGAUCCAGCAGUUCUCAUCCAACAAAUGUAAUGUCUAAUGAUGAGGAUAAAAAUAAAUUUCCUUCUGACUUUACAUCAAGAUUAAACGUUCAAGAAAAACAUCCGAUUGUUGGUUCGUCUAGAUCUUUAAGAGGUGGGAUUGAUUUGUCAACUUCUAGAGAGUGGGACAAUUCUAUAGACCAUCAACAACAUCAACAGCAACAGCAGAGACCGGUUGAUUUUUCGGGAAUGGACUUGUCCAGUCGGAAGCAAUCCAAGCCUAUAGUAGAGCCACUACCUUCGGGUUAUCGCGCGCAGGAAUUUCAUCAGUACCGAGAGAUGGAUUUAAGCACCCGGAAAUCUAAACCGGACUUAGCUGGUCCGGCUUAUGAUUCUUUACUAAGGAAUCAUUCUAUGAUUGCUGAUUUAAGUAAAAGGCAGAUGCCGUUUGUUGGCUAUGACAUGCCCGGUGUAGCUUAUCACAAUCCUCCGGUUGCAAGACUGCCUAGCAAAGAAGAGCACAGAUUACCGAGUUAUACAAUCCUUCCGGACCCCAGUAGGCUGGCUUCAAUGCGCAGCGGUGCUGUUAAACGCGCCUUGGAAAUUGAUGAAACUCAGCAAGAUAUGCUGAAGAGAUUACGCGCUGAUUUGUCGAUGGGACAUAUUGGGACACGCGUUCCUAUUGACAAAAAAGCUCCUCUGAGCAUGGGAUUGCGUCGGGAGGAUAUUGUUGGACCUGCUAUUGAAGAACCUUUGAUGAUGGUCCAUGGAGAGGGCUCUGGUAGUGAUUGCGAUGCUGGGAAUCAAGAAGUUGGAGACGCUAUUGAAGAACCCGUGGUGUUUUUUUAUGGAGAAGGUGCUGGAAGGGAUUGCGAUACUGGAAAUCCGGGGGAUGAAUCUUCUGAUGGUGGGAGUAAGGAUUCUAGUGGUAGUCAGUCAAAAAAUGGGCAAGGUUGCAGUGAGGUUUCUGCUGGUAUUUCACAGUCUAAAUUAAAUAAUGAUAAUAAUGAGAGAGAUGUUGGUGUAUCGAAUUGUCCAGAGACUAGUACUAGUACUGGUACUAGUUGUAAGUCUGUGGAAAUAAAUAAUGAUUGUCAAUUGGAUCCUGUCACUAGUAAUUGUCAAUCUGAGACUUCUGAGUCGCCUAAAGGAAAAUUCAAGCCUACUUUAGGGGUCCAGGUGAUCGUUAAAUCUCCUGGGUGUUCUGCUAAGAAGACUAGCAGGUGGGAUGUUGGGAGACCUGAUGAUAAAUUAGAGUGUGACAGUAGCAUAUCCAAUGAAGAUAACAUAUCAGAGGAGCCAGUUGUUAAUGACACUGGUUAUCAAUCUAAUGACGUUAAAUCUUGUGGGUUUAAAUUAGAAACAGAGACUAUUAGCAGCACUACUAAUCAAAGUGUUGAAAGUAUGACUUGUUUAUCUACUGAUAAUAAUUCACCAGCAGUAACUUUACCUGGAAAUAAUUUACCAGCUUUUAAUGAGACUAAGGAAGUUGUUGAAAAAAUGGAUAUGGAUGUGGAGAAAAAUUGUGGAGAAGAUGAUCAAUCUCCAAGGUUUUUUUUUGGUCCGAAUUGUGUAUCUUAUACUUCGAGUUCUGGAAAACGAGAUCAAGCUACGUCUUCCUCGGUUAAAAAUGAUGAUAAAUUUGUGGACAAUAAUAAUGUUAAGAAUAUGGCAGACUCGGUAAUUCAACCUGUUAGCAGCAGUGAUAGUGAUAUGAUGAUACUAGCGCAGGAAAAAGUUUCUAAAAGUUCAGAGUCGGCUGAUACUCGUAAUGAUUUAGCGACGUUUAACGACAAUGAUAUUGAAGAUACUUUAAAAUCUAUUAAUGAUUAUCUUGAUGAAGAUAGUCAGGAUGAUAAACCUGGUGGUAAUUCUAGCAAUCAAGUGCUGCCUGAGUCUUCUAGUGUGGUCAGUUUUCCUGAAGACGAACGAGGUGCCAAAGUUGAUGAUGUUGAAGGAGAAAGUAGCCAGACAAACAAGCCAGAAUCUUCAACUGAGGCUGAAGUUUGUUCUACUUCAGAUAAGAUUGAGAAGCCUGAAGAAGUUGACUCUAGUGUUGGAGGUACUCCUGGGGAAGGUACUGGUGAAUCUAUGGACGUGAGUUUGGAGGAAAAUUCAAGAUCUGAGGAUAAAAUUGUUGAUUCUAAUAGUGAGGAAGUGAUGAAUGUUGAUCAAGUUGAGUCCAGUACUGAUGAAAAGGUUCUUGAUCCUGAGGACAAGGUUGAAUCUUCAGUUGAAACAGAAAAAAAGGAUCAGAAUGAUGUAGAGCCUGAAGAAUCAAGCUGCACUGAAGUAGAUGUAGAUAAAUUAGAGACCAAAGAAGCAACUGUGGAGUCUACGAUUCCUGAAUUAGUUGAAAAAUCUGUUGAAGAAUCUCCAUCAGCUGCUGCGGCAGUUGAGUCAAGUGUUCCUGAGUCUUCUGAACCGGAACAAUCAGUAGAGACAGUAGAGUCAACAGUUCCGGAAGUGUUGGUUAAAGAUGAUCAAGUUCCGGUUGAAUCUUCUAUUACUGAGUCUGAGUCAUCUGUUCCGGAGUCUUCGAACGUUUCAAUGCAAAGUGAAGAGCCGUCGAUGGUUGAGUCGACGGUUUCCAGUGAUAAAGACCUGGAGAAUAUCAGAGACAUUGAAAAAACUAAUGACUCUAAUGAUGCAUUUAAUUACAACGUUUCUGAAGAUCAAAGUAUGUAUGGAGAUCAGGAUUCUAAUGAUCCGAUGAUUAUUGAUGAAAAGGAUGAUUUAAUAGAGUCUAAAAAUUCUGGAACGAGUUCUGAGUCGACGUUGACUUUUAAUGAAGAGAAUAAAGAGAUAGAAGCUGUUGUGGAUUCUAGUGAAGUGUUUGAACCUUCUACGUCAGCUUGUCCUGAAAUUCAAGAUGAUGUAGACUUUGUUUCUGAAAAAUCAGAAGCUCUAGAACCGGGGAUUGAACUUUCGAAGGCUCAGUAUGAAGAUGUCUUGAAGGACUUGGGAGACGAACAGUCUGAAGGUAAAGAUUGUGAAGCUGCUGACUCUACGACUAGUAAAGAUGCUAGUGAGUUCAGUGAAUCUGCUGAGACUAAGUCGCUUUUGAUGAGUCAGACUUCUUUGGUUGCUAAUUAUGGAAGUGAUGACUCCAAUGAUGCGGGUAGUGAUGAUGUUUUUGUGGAAAAGGAUAAAGAGGCUGAGAAGGGUGAAGAAUCAAAAGUUUUUGAAGAAUCAAAAGUUACGGUACCUGUUGAAGAUAAGAAGGAUUUAGUUGAAACUGGGGUGGCCAGCUCUGAAGGUGUUGAGGAACUUGAGACUGAGGGUAAGGUUGAGGAAAGUUUAGUGGAAAGUAUGGAAUUGGUUGAAGCUGAAGAAGAAAGAGAAGGUGUUGAAGAAAAGUCCGAAGAGAGUCAAGCUGCUGAAGCAAAGUCAGAUGAGAGUCAAGCUGCUGAAGUUACUCUUGAAGUUUUGGAUGAUAAAAAAGAAGUUGAGAGUUUGGAGCCGGAAGAUUCUAAAGAAGUUGAAGAUCUGGUUGAUGAACAAAUUGAAGGUGGAAAUUCUGGAGUUGAAGAGGUUAAAUUGGUUAAAUCUGUGGACUUCAGUGUUCGAGAGAAAGAUAGUAAAGUUGAAGAAAAUUUAGCAGGUGAAGAAAAAUCAGAAUUGAUAAAAGAUUUAGGCGCUGAAAUUGAAACUGUAGAUUUGGAAGUUGAAGAAGUUAAGAGUCAAGCUGCUGAAGUUCAAGAAACUAAGAGUCAACCUGCUGAAGAUAAAGAAGGUGGGAGUCAAGCUGCUGAAGUUCAAGAAAUUGGGGGUCGAGCGACUGAAGAUCAAGAAAUUCAGAGUCAAGCUACUGAAGUUCAAGAAAUUAAGAGUCAAGCUGCUGAAGAAGCGAUUGUUGGAAGUAAAUCAAGUGAUUCUGGAGAAAAUUUAGCGGCUCCAGAGAUUAAAUCAAGUGAUUCAAGUGAAUCUAUAGAGGAUUCGAUUGUUCAAGAGACUAAAGUUGUUGAACCAGAAGAAUCUGCAGUAGAUAAUAAAAUAAUUGAACCUGAAGACGGUUUGGUAAGCGAAAAAAUUCAGCCAAUUAAACCUGUUGAAGAUUUAGCUGAAGAAAUUAAACCUAUUGAACCUGUUGAAGAAUUAGCUAAAGAAAUUAAACCAAUUGAGCCUGUUGAAAAUCUAGUAAGUGAAGAAAUUAAACCAACUGAGCUUGUUGAAAAUUUAGUAAGUGAAGAAAUCAAACCCGUUAAGCCUGUUGAAAAUCUAGUAAAUGAAGAAAUUAAACCAAUUAAAUCUGCUGAAAAUCUAGUAAGUGAAGAAAUUAAACCUGUUGAAGAUUUAAUAGCUGAAGAAAUUGAAGCUAAAGAUUCAACAGAUCCAAAAAUUUGUUUAAUAGAGCCUGAAAAAGAUCUGAAGGUAAAAUUAAAUGAAACUGUUGAAUCUUGUUCAUCUGAAGCUAUUAAAUUAAAUGAACUCGUUAAAGAAAAUUUGCCGGUUCAAGAGAUUACAGUAAAUCAAGUUACUAAUUUAUCAGUGAAAGAAUCUAAACUAAUUGAUACUCAGGAGACUGGAUUAACUGAACAUAAUUUGGAAAAAGAAAUAAAGUUAGUGGAGGUUGAAAAAGAUUCGACAGAUUUAAUCUCAGAAGCUAAAUCAAGUUUGGAAACUCAGAUUGAAGCAGAACCUCUGGAAAUUAUAGAAAAAGAAUCAGUAAAAUCAAUUGACACAAAAGAGAGCCCGGCGGUUACCGAGUCGAUAGUUGAACAAGUUACAAAUGAUCUCGAAAGCACUCAGGAGAGUUCAAGCAAAGAAAUUACUCUUGAGUUGGAAGAAAAAGCGAUCAAUUCUCCCGCGUGUUUAACCGUUGGGGAAAAAUCAUUAGAGCCUGAAAUAAUAAUAAAUGAGCCUAAAGAUCAACCCUUAGAUACACUUAGUGUUCCAGAGAAUAAAGCUGCUUGCAAGCCAAUUGAAGAAAUUACUGUAAAAGACACUUGCAAUGUUGCUGAGGAGUCAAUUAGCAGCGAUUUUCCGCGAAUCAAUUCAAGUAAAGAUCCCGAGGGUGAGAACAAAGAAGAUGAAGAGCCAAUUGUUCAAGUUUGCAAGCGAGCCAGAAUAGAACCUGAAUUAACCGAAAUUGUUUCAACAAAAUCACCAACAACUGAAAAUGUUAUCAAUGAAAAUAAAGUAUCGAGUGAUUCUUUAUUAAUUCAACAAGCCAGCGAGAGUGCUCCGGUUAUAACAAACGCCGAUAAUGAUUACAAUAAAACUUUGGAUGACAAAAAAGCAGCGAAUGCUCUUGAUAAAGUGUCGCCUGAUUUGUAUAUAAAAGAUAAAGCAAGCCCAGAAAUAAUAGACCUGGAUAAAAAUUUAAGCGCUGAUUUGAAGGAUUCUUUUGACGAGUCAGUUUGCAAGUCUAGCUUAGUUGCUCCAGAGGACGAGAAAACAGAAGCCAAUAAAAGAGCGCACAUUCCGGUAGUGAAUGAAAAUCCAGCUCCGCUUAAAUUGAGACCCAGAGCGGAUUUAUUAAGAGAAGACUCGACGUUCUACAACGACAUGAACGCUUCUCCGAAUAGGAAAAAAGACAGAGUCUCAGAAAUUCAACCUGUUUGCAAUAAUAUCGAAGAAGAUGAUGAAAUAAUUGAAGUUCCGGUUGAAAAUGCAGCAUCUGUUAAAUUGAUAGACUUAACUGCGCCUGACGUCAAGCUUGGCUACGAAGAUUCGGAUGAUUCAAUGGGAAUUGACAAUGAGUGCGCGUUUGAGCCGACGGAAGUCGACCCGCUGGCUACUACUGAAGACGACGUUGCCAAGCAGAUUGAAUUGGAUGAUCUGGCUGUUAGAGUCGAGCCUGUUAAUGAAGUUAACAAGUACGAAGGCUGGAAGCUGGAUUCUACUGAGACAAUUACUCUGACGCCGCUGAAGGCUUCGAGGAAGCGACGGAACAGCAAUCAUGAGUCCAAUUCUGAAGAUAAAGCUGGGAAGAAUGUUGAGGAGGAAGAGACGGGGAGUAAGAGGAUGAGGUUGAGAGGAAAAAGAACUCCUGAUGUUGCGCUGAGGAAAUCUGUUGAGAACAGCAGGAUUGAAACUGUUAGUUCUGAUGAUGAAGCGGAGGAGAAGAAUAAAGUUGAAGAGGAGAGUAAUGAAGUGACUAUUGUGGAGGUUGCUAAGCCUAAAACUUUGGCUAAGACUAAAGGCAGGAAGAGACGUGGGUUUAAAAAUAAACGCAAGGUUAUACCACCCAAGAAGAAGGUUGAGGUUGAAAAAGAAGUUGAUCAGGAUAUUAUUGAAGUCCCUGUUGAGAAUAAAGUGGAGGAAAAGAAACAGGAGGAGAAUAAUAGUAAGAAGAAGAGGAAGAAAAAGAGGAUGUUAUUGGGGCUUGAAAUUGGAAUUGAUAUUAAACCUGAUGUUCAACCUGCUGAUGGAAGCGACGCUCCUGUGAGGCAGUCUAGGAGAAUUGCUCAGAUUAAGAUUAAGGAGGAAGCUGAUAGGAGGAGAAUUGAGGAGGAAACUUUGGGUCCGAUUAAGGUGAAGAAGAUUGGGGGAGUUUUUGAUAAGAAGAAGAGAAAGAAGAAGGCUGAGAGUGAGGAGGAAGUUGUUGUUGUUAAGGAAAUUGAGAAGGAGUCGAAGAAAAAGAAGAAGAGGAAGAAGAAGAAGAAGGAGAGCAAGUUUAAUGAAGCUAAACCUUGGCAGAGCUCUUCCGGGUCAAGUACUGAAGAUGAGAAUGAGAAUGAGGAGGAGGAUGAUAUUGAGGAAGAUAUAGAGAGUGAAGGGUCGCUUUUGUUUAAAAGCGAUCAUGAAUUCUCGCCUGAGAGUGAUUUGGAGAAGGAUCAGGAGCUUGAACCUAUGAGGAGAGCGAGGACUGCAAGGAAACCUGAUAGUGAUGUUGAGGAGGCUGAUGAUGAGUACGCUUGUCAGAAGUGUGGCAAGGCUGAUCAUCCUGAGUGGAUUCUUCUUUGUGAUACUUGUGAUAAGGGGUGGCAUUGCUCCUGUUUAAGGCCUGCGUUGAUGCUGAUUCCUGAAGGAGAUUGGUUCUGUCCACCUUGUCAGCACAAGGUGCUUGUUAGUAAAUUGAGGGAGAGUUUAAAGAAUUAUGAUCAGUUGGCCAAGAGGCAUCAGAAUGAGAUCUUGAGGAAGAAACGGCUGGCUUUUGUGGGGAUUAGUUUGGACAAUGUGCUGCAGAAGGACGGGCAUAGGAGUCAUAGGGUGCGUCAGCCUAGGGGGGAGGAUGAGUCUGAUGAAGAGGAUGAUGAUAAUGAUGAUAGGGAUCAUCGCAGAGGGUCUUCCAGUUCUUCGAGUUCUUCUUCUGGGUCUAGCAGCGAGUCGGAGUCUAGUAGUGAGGAGAGCGAGCCUGUUUAUCAGCUUAGAGAGAGGAGGUGUGUUAAUACAAGUUAUAAGUUCAAUGAGUAUGACGAUAUGAUUAAUGCUGCGAUUCAGGAUGAAGUUGAAGCGGUACAAGGUGCUGGGAAUCAAGGCAGGGGGAAAGAUAUUUCUACUAUUGUCAAUGCUGAGAAGGAGGAGGGGAAAGAGGCGUUUAAUAAGAAGAAUGAUGAUGAUGAUGAUGAUGAUGAGGAUGAUAAGCAGUCGGAUAAGGACAGUGAUAAGGAUUAUACUGUUGAUAAGGAGGAGGAGGAAGAAGAUGCGGAGGAAAAGCGUAAAGCUGCUGCGAGGAAAGCUGCUGCUAAGAAGAAACACAGGAAGUUGAAUAGUUUGGAUAUUAGUAGUGAGGAUGAUCCGGAGAGCGAUGAGGAUUUUAAGGGGAGUGAUAGUGAUGAGGAGGAGGACUAUGAGGACCAGAUGGAGUCUUCGGAUGAUAGUUCGUUUACUGCUUCUAGGAGGAGAGGUGGGAAGAAAAAUCAUAGGCCUGUUAGGAGGUCCACUAGGGCUGCUAGGAAGACUAGGUAUGAUGAGGACUUUAUUAAUGAUGACAGUGAUGAUAGUGAUAGACCGAAAAGGAAGAAGUCUAAGUCUACUUGGGAGGAAGAGUCGGAGAGUGAAGAGAGUGAUAAUUCUUGGAGGAGUAGGAAGAAGAAGAGUAAGGCUUCUUCUUUUGCUAAAUUGAAAGCGCUGUCGAAGAGCAAGGCGAAGAAGAAGAAAAAGAGGAAAAGGAUUAUUGAACCGGAGAAUAAGAGUGAGGAGGAGAAUAAUGAGAAUGAGGAAGGGAAUGGAGAGGAGAAAGGUAAUGAUGAUAAUGGGGAUGGAAAUGAAGAAGAAGGGAAAAAUGAAGGGGAAGAGAUGAAAGAAAGGGAUGCAAGGGGAAGGGAGGAGAAGAAGGAAGUUGUAGUUGCUAAUCAGGAUGUUGGAAAUGAACCUGAGAAGGAACAAGGGGAGGAAGAGGAGGAGGAGGAGGAAGAAGAAGAGGAGGAGGAAGAGGAAGAAGAGGAUGAUAAUGGGAAUCAGCAUGAUAAUGAUAAUGAGGAGGAAGAAGAGGAGGAAGAAGGAGAGAAAGAAGGAGAAGAAAUGGAACAGCCUGUUGUUCAGCCCCAAGUUGAACAGCCAGUUCCUCCUCAUAUUGUUGAGCCUCCUGUGGCUCUUCCUUCAGCAGUUUCUGCUGCUGUUGCGGAUCCGGUUUAUGAGGAGAGCAAGAUGGUGAUUGAUGAAGACAGGGAGGAGGAAAAUCAUAACCAGACUGAAGUUGUCAAGCCUCAGGUUACUAGUGAGUAUCCGGAACAAGAACAGGUUCAGCAGCCAGCGGUUAUGGAGAAUGAAUUGGUGGAGAAAAAGGAGAAGAAGAGGCAGAAGAAAAGCGGGAUCAGGAGGAAAAUUAUCUACGGUGGGCUCCCUGAUGAUAGGCCCCAGGAGGAGGAGGAACCUCUUGGGAGGCGCACUAGAGGACGGAAGAUUAAUUAUCAAGUUGAUAUUAUUAUGUCUGAUAGUGAAGAGGAGCUGAAAAAAGCACUGAGGAAAACUGAGGAAAGUGAAGACGAGUUUAUGGUUCAUGAUGGGGAAGAUAAUCAUGAUAAUGAUGAUAAAGAUUCUGAUUCAGGAGACAUUUAUUCGCCAAAGAAGGACGGACCAAAAGGAAAGAAUAAAUCUCCGAGGAAUCGUAGAUCCAAAAAGAGUCCAGCCUCAAGAAAAGGAUUGACUGAUAAUGGUGAGCCUAAACAGAGAAAGAAACCUGGUCCUAAACCAGGUAGCAAAAAUAAACCUCGAUCAUUGACCGGAAUGAUGUCUUUAGAAGGCGGAGUAAUGGGCGACGUACCAGAAGGCUCCUUAACCGGACUAGGCUCGGCAGACCUAGCGGACUUAGACGAAGAGCAGCUUGAGCAGAUGAUGAUGGAAGACGAGGAGUACGGAAGACGCCAGCUUGAGCUAGCAGCCAUUGAAAUCGCCAAGAACAAGAAGAAAGAAGAGCGUGAGGCAAAGAAGCUUGAAAAAGCUCGCCAAAAAGCUUUAGAGAUUCUCGCAGCGGAGCAACAACGCGAUCCUAACGCUCCUGAGGGUCCCGACGGAGAAGCUCCCAAGAAAAAGAAGCGCGGCCGGCGGAGUAAAGCUGAGAUUCUAGCCGAGCAGAUGCGCCGCGACAGUAUGGGUGCUGGAACAGUUCCUAUGCCCAGUCCAAUGGACCCGAAUAUUCCUCUGACGGUAAAUCCGGUCCUAGGAACCACAAUGCCUCCUGAAGUGAUGAUUCAGGAGAUGGAGCGACCUUCACCAGUAGAGGGCCAUCUCCCAUUAAUUACUGGACCUGACGGGCAGCUGUUUAACCCGGACGGGUCUUUAGUCAAGCCCAAGCGCCGCGGAAGAGGCAAGGGCAAAAAAACCCUAGCUAUGGAGGCUGCAAGAGCCGCAGAGGCGGCUGCUAAAGCCGCUGAAGCCGCGGGAAUUGUCCUGGACCCGGAAUUGAAGGAUGAUAUUCCAAACGUGCUUCCCACUCCCGGGAGCAGUACAUCAGGCUCCGCUCCGUCGACUCCGCCCGCGGGGGCAGUUUCUUCUCAAGGAUUACCAGUGACUCAGUCGAACCCUCCCGGGCCUCAGUCGGUUUAUUCUCAGCUGCCGCCGAGCCAACAGUCUUCCGUAAUCACGCGAAUGCUCCAGUCUCAACCGGUCUCCAACGCUCCGCAGUCUUUUACAGCAGCCGCAGCGGCUAUGGGCCAGAAGUACUUCGGAGUUCCUAAUACCACCGGCCCGAUGAUGCCCAAUCCUCGGUCCAGCUACGAUAUGUCUCCUAGAGGAAGAAUACCCUCGCCGUUUAACACAAGACAACCCGGACAGCCGCCAAUGCCGCCGCACUUUGCGGCUGUAAGAUCCGGAAAUCCGCCGCCGAUUAUGAGGAUGCGAGUUCCGGGGUCAGCUCAGCUCUACCACACGCCCCACCACCCCAUGGACCCGUCACCGUCUGGAGGAGGACCAAUUUCUAUCAGCAGUCGGGACCGCGCUUCUCCUUUAGGCGGUGGGCCUAUGAUUCCAGCCGCUGGAAGUCCGCUGGCCAAAGGAGGGCCCACGCCUCCGCCUUACGUCAGAGGUCCGCCAAUUUCUCGAUUUUCCGACGCUCAACUAGCUCCGAGACACCAGUUACCGCCGUUUACAAGUGCCUCUCCCGGGAACCACGCGCUCCAGCAGCCUUCGCCGCCUCCCAAUAGACCUCCGGGCAAUUUUUCACCCUACCAUCCGCAACCACCGCCGAAUUACCACUACGGAGCUUAUCCUCCACCCGCUCCUAUGGUCACUACUGCUGAUGACGCGGCCUAUCAAGGGUCUCCGUACUCCGCGGAACACUUUUCUACGUCCAGUGAAAAUCCUGCGCCGCCCCCGGCUAUUCAACCGCCUCUUGCUGCUCAGACUUCACAGCCACCGGCGCCACCUACUUCGGAACCGCCUCAUGCGCUGCCGCAUCCGGUUCCUGUUGCUCAUGGACCUCCUGGACCGCCUGGACAUCCUCCGGGGCAUCCCGGGCAUCCUCCAGGUCACCCUGGACAUCCUCCAGGACAUCCAGGACAUGGGAAGUACGAUGAGGAGGGCUCUGGAGAAUUCGGCGGCCUAGUUUCUUAUUUCAGUAGCCAACGGGAGGAUGAUCUUGACUCGUAGCAUGAGUGAGCUCUUGGCCAGCCGUAAAAUCUUAGGUAAAGAUUUUUUAUUAUUUCUUUUUUGGAACUCAUUUUAUUUAUUUGAGUUUUUUUUUUGAAAAAUUAUUGAUUAUUAU